CAGAAAUUUUUAUACAUUGCGCCGUCAUAUCGUAUCUUGUCAAUAUUUAAUCGAUAAUUUAUUAUCCGGCGCUGUAGAUAUGGCAAUUGGUAUAGGGUUCCACAGACUUCGGAUUUUUUUCCUAACUCUCUUAAUUUAAAUGAGUAUAAAUAUAUGUAUGUUGGUUCAGUUCUGAACUCACUACUCAGGGAACCGACAGACUUCCUGAGACUGAGGCACCUAGCUAGCUUAAAAACAUUGAUAAUUAGGAAGGAAGGAAGGAAGGAUCAAAGCAUUAACCAUGGAUGAAAUCGGUGUCCAUAACCCCCUUCUUCUUCCAAGCCAACCUUCUCGACGUGCCUUCGUCCGGAAGAUACCUCUUUUCGUAACCUUGGCGAAAUGGACUCUCAAGAUCACAAUGUGGGUGCUUUUCAUUUCAUGGGUGGUUUUCAUUUUUCUGUUCCCUCUAGGCUCUGUGCAGACAUUAUUUGGUGACUGGAUUGUAGCCACCGAUGGAACUCUUUACGGGACUACAGGAACCCUGCUCCUUCUGUUCAACGGUCCUCUUCUUGUUAUUGCCUUGCUUUCGAUAGUAUUUCUUGCUAUCUCCGGAGAAGAAGAGCUCCCCUACAAGAAGAAGAAGACUUCAGAAAACCCGAGUUUCCGCUUGUGGACAUUCCCAGUUCUUGUGGAUGGACUAUUUGGGGUUGUUUCUGCUGCUGAGUUGAUUGGGAUUUUACUCUUUGUUGUGUAUACUAUGUGGUCUGUGUCCUAUUAUGCCGUGAGCAUUCUCGACAAGAUCCCUGGUGCCUUAAGUCUUAAAGCACAAAGUUGUUUGUUCCUGGCAGUUUUCGGGGCAUACUUAGCCUCGAGUGGGAUGUUUUGCUUGGCAUUUUUGUUCCUUCCUAUUGCAAGGGGAUCAGUUCUUCUUCGCCUUAUAGAUCCCUUUGAGCAUGCUACAAGAUAUCAUGUAUGGCUGGGACAUCUCACGAUGUUGCUCUUUACUCUCCAUGGACUAUGUUACAUAGCGGAAUGGGCAAUGGAGGGCGAUCUCCUUGCUAAAAUAUUGGAGUGGAGGGAGAUUGGUGUUGCAAAUCUUGCAGGAGUAAUCAGCCUUGCUGCUGGUCUGUUGAUGUGGGUCACAUCGCUCCCUCCAGUUAGAAAGCUGAAUUUUGAGUUGUUCUUCUACACUCAUCAACUAUAUGUCAUCUUCAUCGCCUUCUUGGCUAUGCAUGUUGGUGAUUUCCUUUUCGCCUGUGCUGCCGGAGGCAUAUUUAUUUAUAUCCUUGAUCGUUUUCUGAGAUUCUGCCAAUCGCGAAGGACUGUUGGUGUAAUCUCGGCCAAGUGCCUUCCAUGCGGAACUGUAGAAUUAGUCCUCGCAAAACCUGAAAAUCUGCAGUACAACGCGCUCAGUUUUAUUUUUCUUCAAGUCCGGGAACUGUCAUGGCUUCAAUGGCAUCCUUUUAGCGUUUCAUCCAGUCCUCUGGACGGUAAGUAUCACAUUUCCGUCCUCAUCAAGGUUCUUGGGAAAUGGACAGAAAAUCUUCGAGAAAGAUUGAAAAAUUCAGAGGCUGAACAACAACAAAGCGCGCUCUCUUGCACGCCUCCUACGACACUAACAGUGUCUGUUGAGGGGCCUUAUGGGCAUGAGAUACCAUACCACUUGGUGUAUGAACAUCUGGUCUUAGUAGCGGGCGGCAUUGGGAUUUCGCCUUUCCUGGCUGUCCUGAGUGACAUUGUCCACUGUGUUAAGGAAGGGAGAUUGUGUCAAGUACGAAAUAUUUUGAUUGUCUGGGCUGUCAAAACAUCAAACGAGCUUCCUCUUCUUUCAACCAUUGACAUGGACACAGUUUCCAGUAAACUAAAUAUUCAGACUCUAAUUUACGUCACUCGGGAAUCUGGUCCUCCGUUGGAAGAGGGUCAAGUUCCGAACAGCGCGCUGGAGUUUCCUGCUCGUUGUCCUCCUAGGCUGAAAAGGUGUAGCAUGUCUGUUUUGGUUGGUACCGGACAUAAUCUAUGGUCCGGACUAUAUCUCAUCUCAUCGACGGCAGGCUUAGUUAUCAUAUUGGGUUUGUUGGAUGUCUUGUACAUAAACCCGUACCGUAUAUCUGCAUGGUGGUACAAAGGGCUUCUGUUGCUGCUCUGUAUGAUUGCAAGCGUGGUCGUCUUUGGGGGUCUUGUGGUUGGUUUAUGGCAUCUUUGGGAGCGAAAAAUUUCGGUACAGGAUCAAUGUGAAGAUGAUGCUUCAGAUGUAUAUAAGGCGGAGCAUGAAGAAACUGUAGGUCGCAGUGAUUCAAAUGAGCACCGAGAAAAUCUUUCAAAGUUAACCGGCAUUCGUUAUGGUGCAAGGCCGAACUUCAAAGAAAUUUUUGGAACCAUAUCCAAGGAUUGGGGUAGCGUCGAUGCGGGCGUCAUUGUCUGUGGUCCUCCAAGUUUUGAAUCAAGUGUUGCCAAAGAGAUCAGGUCACACAAUUUGAGGAGACAACGCGACGAUCCUAUCUUCCAUUUCAACAGUCACAGUUUCGAUCUGUAGCCGUAGCCGUAGCAGUAGCCUAUACAUACAAAUUUAUAUGGUUCUAUAACCUAAUGCGGUCCUCUUAUUGGACUACAGUAUGCUGUAUGCGUAACAAUAAGUAUCGACAACGACUAAAAAAAGGACGAUCCCAAGCCAAUAAAGCUUCCCAGCUUUAUAAUGGAAUAGAAGAAAAAUGUUCCCUAA